AUCAAGUUCAAGCGCUCGAGAGGGUAAACAAUGCCGCGAAGGGACGGUUGGCGGGGGAAAUAAUUUAACCUUUUUAGUAAUAUUUAAAGAUGUGCGGCGAGUGGCGGCGUUUCUGUAUGACCGAGUGAAGGCCGAGGAAGCCGUGCGUACCCUAAGCCAUGACCCGCAUCGCCGCCCUCAACGACUGGUCUCUGGGGAGCAGUGAGGAGGAGGACGUUGGCCCCACCAGGGAGGCGCUCGAGGCCCAGGCGACCAAGUCCUACAAUGAGGCCAUUAGGUUCCUGGCGCACGGAGAUGAUGAGCGAGCGCAUGAACACUUUAACGCGGUGCUACAGAACCCUUAUGUGGAGAAGGCAAGCUGGCCAGAGGGGGCGGAGCAUCGCGGGGGCAGCCUACCGCAGGACGUGGCUCUGAAAUACUCCUGCCUGAAGAACCUUGGUAACUUGGCCACAAAGAGAGGCGACUACGAGAGGGCUGUGAAGCAUUAUUUGGAGGCGGUGCAGCUGGACAACACUGAGGUAACGCUGUGGCAGAGACUCGGAGCCACGGCCAUCAAGCUGCGGGACUUUGAGCUUGCCUUAGUGGCCUUCCAGGAGGGUCUCACCAUCAACCCAAACCACUGGCCUUGCAUGGAUCAGCUUCUGUCCGUCCUCUUUAUCCUGGAGAUGUACAUGGACUGCCUGGGCCUGGCCAUCACCUCACUCGCACAGGACCCCGGCUACGUCAAGGCCAACGCUUUCAAGGAUAAGAUAUUCGAGCUGCAGCCGUCCCUCGUGGAAGACGCUAAGGUGUUUUUUGCUAAUAGUUCGGUCCUCUUCCAAACCACAAACUACGACAAGACCAAAGGGGAAAAAUUCAUUGCCACAUGUGAGUCCCUUAGGCCCGCCCCCAAGGCCCCUCGCUCCCCGGCCCCCCUGCCCACCCAGCGCCUGAGGACCCCCCUGCAGCAGCUGACGUGGGAGAACCUUGCGGAGGCUCUGAUCACCACCUACGACGCCCUGGUGGAUGCCGAUGGGAUGGAAUUUGCCGGGAGAAUCGACGUUUACGAGGCUCUCAAACCACAAGAGGAGGAGGCAACCAGAACCACCGAGGAACCAGGACCAACCGAGCAGACCCAGCAACCGAACAGGGAACAGGAAACCAGAGAUGUAACUACUAACCGCACCACCAACACAACCAACACCACCACCACUAACAGUAUGGCCGUAACCGCAAAAACCAGCGACGGGGGCGACUCCAGCAGACAGAAACAGGAUCAGGGCAACACUACAGGCAAUGGCAAUGGUUCUGGGCCUAUAGAAGAGGGUGGGACAUCUGGAAACGUCCCUAUAGCCAACGGUAACCUCGCCGGGGGUAUAGAAGAGGGUAGGACAGCUGGGAACAAGACCCCGACAAGCGACGGAUUAGAACCAUCCACAGCGGAGGUCUCGGAUAACUCACUGACCCCAAGGCGGAUAUCCGGUCGCCGUCACACUAUUGAGUUAGGGGAGAGUCAGGACUCCUUCCGUGUUGGGGAGAAGAGGAGGUCAACGGACAGUGAUACGCUCCCCACGCCAGAGGAUCUCAAAGGGGAGGAAGGACCCACUAGGAUGCCUGAGGAUUCCCCGCCCAAGGACUCCUCUGCCAAUGUGCCCAAGAAGUUGCGUUUGGGGAUAAAGGAGGAGGAUCAGAGUGAUGUGAAGAGUGUUUUCGAUAUCGGCAAAGAGCUGGACAGUGUAGGUGAGGUCUCGGAUGUUCCUAAGGUGUCUGAUCCCCUUCCAGUAGGUUCUGAUGCUUUGAAGGGGGAAGUUGUAGAAUCCGAUCCCAAACAAGUGGAGUCCAUAGAGAAAAUGGAGGAGUUUGAGAGCGAAGGUUUAGGGGUGACCUCCGUAAAACCUGACGUUGAAAGUGAGGAGAAAGUGCCCGUGGGAAUCAUUGAAAGCAAGGAGGGAAAAGAUGCAGAUCCGGAGAGUGGGAAAGUUGCAAAUCCGCCUCCCAUGGGUGUGGAAAAGGUGGAUAUAGAUGAUGUAACCAAACACCAGGAACCUAUAGAUGCCACGACACCUCCGGAGAAAGAAAACAAAGAGUGCCACCCAGAGAAAGAGACAGAAACGAAAGAGGAAAUGAAGAACCUCGACCCUGUACAUGCUGACGGAACGGACGAAGGGAAAAAAAGGGACAGUGAGUUAAAGGAAAGAAACGAAACCAUAAGUGAGGAAAACUUGAUAACGGAGAAGACAAAGAACAUCGAGGAGGAGGAGGAAAGAAGACAGGAAGAACCCCAAGAACCACCAGCACCUGACAUCGAACCAGAAGAAGAGGAGGAGGAGGAGGAGGAGGAGGACGUCAUAAUGAGAGGAGGAGGAGGAGAAACGGACGAAAUGAUGCAGAUGGAGGAAGAAGUGGAGGGUAUGAUCGCGGAAGAGGAGGAGGAGGAGGAGGAGGUGGAAGAGGAAGGUAUGCUGGUGGAGGCGGAGGAGGUGCCAAGCGUGACGGAAACAGAAGCGGCCGUUAAUGCGCUAAAAGGCAUCAUGGCCCUUCAACCGACGGAAAUUCUCGGCCUACCGGAAUCGGAUGACUUCGACUAUGGCGGGGAAUAUGUGGAGUACUUCGAAGGUGGAGUUUACGAGGAUGACGAAGGGGGCUAUGCGGAAGGGGAGGAAGGUGGAGUAGUGGAUGGGUUACGCAGUGAGGAAGGUGGAGGGGGAGGCGAAACCGUAAUGGAGGAAAUGAGGCAAAUAGAAGUGGAACAGGAGGAGGAUGUGGAAGAGCAUAUAGGUCAAGCGGAAGAAGAAGAAGGGCGGAUCGAGCAGGAGCAGGGAGUGGAGAAUCACGUAGAAGCGGAAGUAGGGGAGCAGCAGGUUGAGGCAGUGGAACGGGAAGGAACAGAAGGGGUAAAUCAGAAACAGCAGGAGGGGAAAGCAGAGGAAGAAGCAGAAACAAGGCAGCAGGAAGCGGAAAACCAAGUGGAUGAUUACGAGCAGGAGGGAAUGGAGGAUAUGGAGAGAGGAGAAGAAGAGGAGGAGGAGGAGGAGGAGGAGGAGGAGGAGGAGUUAGAAGAAGAGGAAGAAAGGGAGGAAGGAGAUCGAGAACAGGAGGAGGAAGAGAGCCCGGAGACAUCACCAAAGAAGAGAGAGGAGAAGGAGGAGGAGGAAGAGGAAACGGAGAAGAGGGUUGUUUCGGGCGGAGUCCACCAAACGCGCAGCAACCAAGAGGAAACCGAAACAGACGCAACCAAACCACCAAACACAACCACCGCCACAGCCACUGAGGAGACACCUAACCCGAAAACACAACCCCAGACGGCCACCUCAACCGAAACGCAGAUUAACGCAACCGAAAAACCGGCGGAGGAGAAGAGCGACAGCCCCCCCAGACCAGGACCGGGGAAGAAACCGAAGAGGCAUAAGAGGGGCUUAGAGAGGGAGCUCGAGCAACUGGACUAUUGGGGUCGACGCCAGGAGAGGGACGCAAAGAGGAGGAGGCGUACCAUAUCCUCGAAGCUUCUCGGCGCCAUAGAGGAGGCGGAAUAUCUCACCUGGGCCGACCUGCUGCGGAGUUUUGUGCCGUCGUCGCUGCUUUCCAGUGCGGAGGAGAGGAGCAGAUUGACGCAGCCCGCGCCCACGCCCGGCCCCACACGAGGGAAGAGUGAGGAGAGACCAGCCAAUCCUCCUGCUGGUGAACCUCAACCAAACGCCCUGGCAGCCCCCUCAGCAGCCCCUUCAGCAGCCCCUUCGACAGCUGAGGAAGUCCAGGAGAAGAAGACUGAGGAAGGAGGAGGAGAGGAGAAGACCACAGUGGAGGGAGAGAAAGAGACAGAGAAGGAGGUGGAUAAGACUUCUAGACCCCCAUCAGACCCCAGUUUGCAAGAGUCCUCAAGUACCGCAAAACCACAGCCUCAGGAGGGGAUGGAGGUGGAGGAGGGGGGUAAGGCGGAGGAGGAGGAGAAGCAAGGGGUGGAGGAGGCCAAGGGGAUGGAGGAGGAGGAUGCAAAAGCGGAGAUGAGGAAGAAGCGGAAGGAGAUUAUCAUGUCUCCAAGGUCGAGUGAAAAGGAACAGGUUGAGGCGUUCCUGCUCUGUCAUGAGGAGAACGGCGGAAUCCUCCAUCUCCUACAGCUAUGCCUGGUCACCCUGUACCAGCGACAUCGCAACGCCUGGCCCACCGUGCCCGCCAAGCUCUUCACGCAGAUCUACCCCAGAGUCAGGAACCACGUGGCUCAUAGGUCUGCCCUGAGCUUGAAGGAGGACUGGGGGCGGCUGCAGGAAGACUCCAUGCUGUCCCUCACACACUGGGAGCUGGUGGUGAGCCUCUACCACGCCGCCAAGCAGGACACACCACACAGUCGGCUCAGGAACCCCUUCAGCGGCACCUGUGACCACUUGGAGGAUGACCUGGUGCACCUGACCCUCAUGCUGGGCCGUGGGGAUGUGUGGGUUCAGGAUGCCCCACAGUUCCACACGCGUCUCCGCUGGCUCCAGGCGCAGGUCAAGGUUAACCAGGACCAGCCAGAGGAUGCCGUCAAGUUCCUCGAGCUGCUCCUCCUCGACCUUGAGCGCCUGUCCGAGCCUGGGAAGGAAUUCAUUGUGGAGUGCGCCAAGGUGGAGGCUGACCUGACCCUCGUGUCUCUCUCCGAGGUCAAACGCCACCUCAACUUCCUGCAGAGGUCACACAUGUUGGAGCAGGUGGUGGACAAUUACACCUUCAACCGAUAUCAGAUGGUUGCCGAGCUCCUCACCAGCAUCUUCCAUGACCCGCCACCCAAGGCAAGGCCCGGCGUGACGCUCCCCACUCGCCAAACCCAACUUGUUAUUCUCAUGGACUCCCUACUCAGGCUGAAGGACUACAAGGGGGUGAUGUCCUGGGGCUCCCUUGCCCUGACGGAAGCCCUCAAGAGAUUCAAUCGGGCUGAGGCUGAGGAGGAGAAGAACAGGUGGGCCAAGACACUCAUGAUCAUCACGGACUCCCUCAACACCACCCUGGAGAGAGACAUCAACCUGAUGGACAGCCUGAGCGGCGAACGUGUGCUUGAGCUGGUGAACACACUGAUCCAGAUGUUAGUGGUGCAGCUGGAGAAGCCUCAGAGCGCCCAGGUCCUGCCCUUCGAGACCCUCACGCCCUGGAUCCUCCUUCACCGCAUGCUGACCCACGAGGAGAUGCUACAGAGACAGGCAGAGGGCAAGCAGGAAGGGACGUCAGUGGGAACCAGCGCAGAGAACCCCACAGACAGCACGCAGGCCACGGACACCACAGACUCCCCAGAAGACACACAGGGUGGCGAGGGAACGGAGAAAAAGGACUCGUCGGAGGAAGACUCGCCGGGUGACAGCAAGGGGUCCGAGGUGCCGUACCCGUCCACGCUCUUCCUCAUCACAGCACACGAUGAGUUGGGUAAACAUUCCUGGUGCUGUCACGACGAGGGAGUGUUCCUGCUGUACUGCCUGGAGGUGCUGUUGGCGGAGCUGCGGCGCCCCCUGGACAGCCAACACCAACAGCUUCUGCACCACACCCUCGAGCAAGUCUCCUUCUGCCUGUACUCACACCCCUCCAAGAAGUCUAAGCACAAGCAUCUGAGGGACCACAGUGUGUCGCAGAUCGCCCUGUGCUGGGAGCGAGCCCUGCAGCUGUACCUCUACUACUGCCCCGCCCAGCUGCCAGACUUCCAAUCCUCACAGAUACCCUCCAUCACCGACGAUGUGGCCGCCUUCCUUAAGAGGAUCCUCGCGCUGUUCCCCGAGGAAAACCGCCCGGACAGCAAGGUGGGCUCCGUGGACGCUUUCAUCAAGGGGGAGACCAAGGACUGCAGUGUGCCGGCCGUCUUUCCCCCCACGGAUGAGGUGCGCGACUGUCUCUACCUGCUGGGGGACUACUACUUCAAGAACAAGGAGUGGAACAACGCUAUCAAGAACUACAAGCUGGAUAUCGUCAUGAACCCAGACCGCCUCGACUCCUGGGCACCCCUCGGUCUGGCCAUGAAAGCCAUUAUGGAGACGCAACUCAACUCCUGUGAGGUGAUUGAGGACGAGGAGGAGUUCUUUGCCAUGGCCCAGAGAGCAAAACGGUGCUUCUGCCAGGCCCUCAAGCUGGACGAAUACCACACUAACCUCUGGGUGGAAUUCGGUGGCCUCGUCUACAUGGUUCACUCGCACGCCUCACGUCUCCUGAAGCAAGACCUCAACCCGGAUAUCAGCAUUGAGACCUUCGAGAUGCUGGAGAAGCUCAAAGGGGAGAUGCUGUCCCAGGCCGAGCAGUGCUUCACGCAGGCGCUUAAGAUUCAGGAGGAGGGGUGGGACGAUGACAGCCUCCCGGACGAGCGUUGGCUGCACUGCUACAUGCUUGGGAAGGUCGCGGAGAAGAAGGGGAAGGACCCGGAGGUGAUUCUCGAGUACUACAUCAAAGCCAGCCAGCACCUCCAUCAGAUCCAAGCUAAAUACCCGGUGAAGAUCAACUACAACAGCCCGCAGGAGUACUCGGUUGAAGCCCUGGAAAUGUACUAUAGGGUCCACGCGUACAUCCUCAAAUAUCUGCAGAUGAAGGAAGGGAAGAGCGUCGAGAAAUCCGUGGCUGAUGUCUUUACCAAGGUUCUCGACGACAUGGCAAAUAGUCCCUUCGUGCUCUGUCAGGAGAAGAAACGGGUCUCCUCGGACACACGCCGGAUCGCCACCAAGGACCUGGGCGGCAUUUCCAGCAGCAACGUGUGGAGUGAGGUUGGUAGGGCGCCCUUACAGAAGAGACCAUCCGAGGAGAAGCCGGUUAACCCUCCAGAGGCCGCGGAAGGGGAUAGGACCUCGGAGGAUAUGGAGAGUGUAGUGAAGGAUGUUGUUUAUAAUAUUAUCAAGGAUGCGGUUGUUAAGUACGAGGAGGGGAGUGGACAGGAGAAGGACGUCACCACCACCACCACCACCACCAUCACCACCGCCGCCACUGCCACAGAUCCCGAGGGUAAGUCGAAGGGUAAGGACCGGAGGGAGAGCGAUGAUGACAUUCAGGUGGUGGAGGAGAAGGUCAUUGAGAAGUAUGACCACAUCACCAUCAUCACACGGUGCAUCAACGCCCUCAAACUCUGCCUGGUGAGAUUCCCGCAGAACUACAAGGCCCUGUACCGCCUCUCCUACUACAACAACACAUCAAAGUUCCACAAGGACGGCAGCCGCGCCAGGAACUACAUGCUGGGCUGUGACUUCUGGCAGCGCGUCGGAUACAUGCCCGUCAAUGGCCUCUUCAACGAGCGUAAGGUGUGGAUUCAGCAACCCAAGAACUGCAACUUUUUCCACGGCGUCUGGCGGAUACCAAACGACGAGGUGGAUCGGCCUGGGAGCUUUGCCGCACACAUGUACCGCUGUGUGUCGCUCAUCCUGGACAUCCUCCCGCAGUUAAAGGACUUCUACGCGGUGCUGCAGAUAGCGCUGGCCCUCAAGAACUCCCCUGAGAAGGACAAGAAGUACCUCAGGGACAACGAGAGGGAGCUGCUGUCGGAACAUGCCACUCAGGUCGGGCUUCAGGCCAUGAGGGACAAGUUUAAGUUCCUCUUCAAGGGCGGCUCUCCGGCGCACAACAACCGCCGCAUGACCUUCCUCCUGGACGUGUACCGAUCAUAUAAGCAGAUCAGUCGCCACCUCCCAGGGUCAGAGCCGCACCUGGCCAAGAUGGUGACGGAGACGUUCGCCGCCGUCCGUGGCAUCGAGCCGGACAACCGCGCCAACCUCCUCCGGGAAGCUGACGCCUUCUGCAGCAGGAAUAUGCACAUGCAGCACCGCCUCCCACAGCCCGCCGCAGCCACCACCACCACCACCACCGAUACACAGAUCAACGUCACCCGAACCUCACCCGUUGUCUCCCGUCGAGGUCGUCCCCCAGGAUCAGGCAGGGGGAGAGGGCGUGGCCGUGGCUCCCUGUACUCCGCCCAGCCCAGCCCCAACAUGAUAGCCAUCCAGGAGGCCUACAAGAUGUACGAGAACGUGGUCAACACUCGUGCGCUGCUCAAUAACCAGAGUCUCGACCGCCCAGCCAUCUUCAAAUACCAGAAGGAUUUGGAGUACUACCAGAAUGAGCUGUCGAGGUACAUGAGCAUCCCCAGCGUGACCCAGUACUUCCGUGCCACCCUGGAGAGCGUCGGGAUAAUGGCCAAGGAUAAGCUCCCUCCCCCGGCGAUAUCCAAGACUCCCAGUAACCCCACCCCCUCCCCAGGCUCCGUUGUGUCAGGGAGUAAGGCCACACCCCAGGCUGCCCCCUCCCCCAGCACCAGCACCGCCGUCAGCACCGUGCCACAGGCUGUAACGCACCCACAGCCACAGCCACAGCCAGCACCUCCGCCGCCGCCUCCACCCUCGCAGGUCAAGUCCUCCACCCUCAGCAGCAUCACGGGAAGGCCUCAGAUCCACGGUAUUUCCAUCACCACCGUGUCCACCACCAAGACAACCAACUCACCCGUCACCAAGCCGCCGCUCAAACCCAAUAUGUCCGUCACCGUCAGCCCCGUCAAGUCGUCCUGCCCUCCGGUGCUCCAGGGCAGAGGCGAGAUCUCUGUUAUCUCCGUGCCGCGCCCCUCCGUGACCACCAAGCCCGCCACUGCCACCCCCACCGCCACCCACACCAUCACUGCCGCCAUGAAACCCGACCCUCCCGCCCUCACCAAGACCCCCACCGCAUCCCCUAAGCCCAUCUCAGCCCCCAGUGAUGCCAACACCGCCCUAGACCUCAGUCCCGCUGUGGCCAAGCUCCCGCCGGGCACCACCCUCAUCCCCCCCCGGGACACCCUUCCCAAGAGCACAGGUCCGCGCCCCCAGCUCCAGGCGCAGGCCAGACUUGCCAAGGAGCAGACCACAGACUCGGCCCUGGACGAUCUCUCCAGCCCCCUCAGGAAGGUGGCGGCAGAGCUCCUUCCCUCCAGCUCCGGGGCCGCCGCCUCCCGGCCCAGCGGUGCCCCCAAGCCUGUCAUCUCAGCCUCGACCUCCAGCCCCAAGCCGGCACUGCUGAAGGGCAUGACCAUCACCCCGGCACCCAGGGUCAAGGUUCACUCCAAGCCCGUCCCGCUUCCCAGCAGGACCUCCGCCCCGGUAACCACGUUACCGUCGCCGUCAUCCUUUGCCGGGGCCUUCUCCGCAUCUCUGGCCAAGAGCAGCGGGCGGCCCAGCGUGGGCGUCACCUCCGCCAGCCUCAGCGCCACCGUCAUCGGGGCCGAGGGGCGGCGCACCGUGGCCACCACCUCGCAGGCCGGCAAGUCCUCGCGGGUGACGCAGCUAAGCCCGUCACAGCUGAUGCAGCUGGCCUACGGCAGCAGGGAGAGCGGCGGCAACAUUUCGGGGCUGUUGAGCCAGUACACCAAGAACCUCGCGCGCCAGGCCGCCCCACAGCCCCUUGCAGCCCCCAGACAGCAGACCCCCGCCGCCCCCAGACAGCAGACCCCCGCCGCCCCCAGACAGCAGACCCCUGCCGCCCCCAGACAGCAGACCCCCGCCGCCCCCAGACAGCAGACCCCCGCCACCCCCAGACAGCAGACCCCCGCCGCCCCCAGACAGCAAACCCCCGCCGUCCCCAGACAGCAAACCCCUGCCAUGCCCCGUCAACAGACUCCCGCCUUGCCCCGUCAACAGACUCCCGCCGUGCCCCGCCAGCAGGCCCCCCCCGUGCCCAGUCAGCAGACCCCCGCCGCGGCCCGCCAGAUGACCCCUGCCGCGCCCCGGUUGCAGACCCCGGUGACCGCCCCGCUUCGCGCCCCGUCAGGAGGCAGCUCCCAGCCCGCCAGGCCGCCCCUCAGCAAGCCACCACCGCCACAGCAGCAGCAGAACAAGCCAGACCAGCCCCAGAGGAGGUCAUCGGACGACAUCAUCAUCUUAGACUAGCGCUGGGCCCGCCGCUAAGCGAGGCCUCGGCAUCAAGCAGCACCUCUGUUCGUAUAGCCGUCGUUCACUCGUUCGCUUGGUCGUAAUUGUAGUGUUUAAGGUUUUUUUACGCUAAUAAAUAAACCUUCCUUUUAAA